GGCAAUCUGCUUGUCUUUUCAGUUCGCUCUGCAGGUUUCCCUCUCAGCAUUCAAACCAUGCACCGCCGUCGGCCUCUCUGUGGAUUCCUCCGGAUAUGUUGCCAAGUGUGAUCAUCGUCGCCUGCCUGCCUGUUUUGGUUCUUCGUUGUGCAGCUGAUCUUUGCAACUGGACUGGAAGCGGUUUUGCAGUAGGCGCGGACCCCAGGAUCGUUCUCCAGGUGCGGCUCCGCUGCACGGAGGGUUCCGUCAGGUGGGUCUACCCGGGUCAGGCUCUCAGGGUGGCACUCGAACCCAAUUUGUCGUCCAUCCGGUACAACACGGUCUGCAUCCAAGAGUUUCCAUCCCUCAGCGGAGCCAGCGUCUUUAUUGAGCGGGCCGGAGAGCUGGAGCUACUGGUGACAGAAGACGGCGGGCGCACCGGGCGGCAAGUGUUCUGUUUCCAGGCGGGUGAGCCACACAGGCCCGUCAUCUACCUCCAGGCCGGUCCGCAGAGUCCCGAAACAUGGAGCAGACGCAUAGUGGGCUUUAGAUACAAGCUGCUGCGCAACAGGAGCGCCAACAGUGGGUUGGAGACUUCAUGCCGACCCUGCAAUGACACAGAAUUGCUCAUGGCUGUCUGCAGCAGUGAUUUUGUGGUUCGAGGCUACAUCAAGAAUGUCUUCCAUGACUCUCGACGGCAGACAUCACUGGUGGAGGUGUGGACAACAAAGGGUUACUUGCAGUGCAGUGGAGUUUUUGAGCAACAAGUGCAUCCAUAUGUGUCAUCUCAGUCCCGACAUGGACGCAUUCGAACGCUCCUGCAGUGCCACGUGAAGCCUGGGGACGGACAGUUUCUCUUCAUGGGGUCAGACCAUUUUGAGGAAGCUUGGUUAGGGUGCGCCCCACGCUACAAAGACUUCUUGUCCAUCUAUCACAAGGCCAGGAUGGGACGUAGGACUUUCUGCAACUUCCCCCUAGACUGAAGAGCUGUGUUGUUUUAAGAGCCAAAUAGACUCUGUAAUGGCGCUGUGGGGACCCUGUAAAGCUGUCAUAUGCCAACAAGGUGGCAUCAAGGUUCAACAGCGGGGGCAAAGCUGCUGAAAUGCUGCUGGAAAACGCAUGUGGUAGGGCAGAACAGCAGGGCCUCCUGAACUGAGGCUCAGAAAGGGUUGGCCUUUGUCUGUCUCCAAUCACUGGCUU